AUGCGGGAGCGGAGGCCGGCACCGGCCGCUCCGGCCCGCUGCAAGCUGGUGCUGGUGGGUGACGUGCAGUGCGGCAAGACGGCCAUGCUGCAGGUGCUGGCCAAGGAUUGCUACCCCGAGACGUACGUGCCCACCGUGUUUGAGAACUACACGGCGUGUCUGGCCAGCGAGGAGCAGCGGGUGGAGCUGAGCCUCUGGGACACCUCCGGGAAUCCAUUCUGGCACACGGAAACACCAACCCUCUGGGGUGAGGCAGAGGGUUUUGGGGUUCCCCUGGUCCCUGAGAGCAUCUCCCCUCAGUGGAAGACAGAAAUCCUGGAUUAUUGCCCCAACACGCGGGUGCUGCUCAUCGGCUGCAAGACAGACCUACGGACAGACCUGAGCACGCUGCUGGAGCUCUCGCACCAGAAACAGGCGCCCGUCUCCUACGAGCAGGGACACUGA